CUCUUUCUCCGUGUCUCUCUCUCGCUCUCUCUCACUCUGUCUGUGCCUUCGCUGCAUCUGUACCGAGAACCACUGGAGCCAGCAAUUUCAGGCUGUUUAAUUAAUUAGCCAUAGGCAGCCAUUUGAGCUGGCAAAUUACGUGGGGUUGGGGGGGGUCGAUACCGUACGAGACGCUGGCACUUGCCGGAGCCACAAGGAAGGGGGCGUCGGUAGAAGCUGCGGUCCGUGUCACGCGUCUCCAUCUGGAGGUCCUCUUCCGAGAUCAUCCAGCGCGUGGAGAGAGCGGAGGGCGGGCGUUUUCGGCUCCGGGGAAGCGAGUGGCAGGGAGACCAGGGUUCUUAAGCCUCAACGUUUGAUUCAGCAUCACUUGUCUCCCACGGCAACGAUGUCUGCAUAGGAAUCUAGCCCACGGCAACGAGGCGAGUGAGGUAGGGCUGCAGCUCGGUGUGAUUCCCCCGUUCCCCUCACACGUGAAGAUUUGGCAGGUGCAUACAGCACGGCAUCUCCACGGACGCAAAUUGAGAUGCAGCGAGAGAGAAAGGAGACGUCCAGCAGGAAGAUGCCGGUGUUGAAGGCAGGGCUGAAGACCAGCAGGUCCAUCGUGCCCUGCUUCUUGUGCGUGGAGCUGGUGAUCAUGGCCGGCACCGUGCUCCUGGCGUACUACUUCGAGUACACGGACACCUUCCCCGUGCACGUCCAGGGCUUCUUCUGCUACGACCGGACGCUCUCCAAGCCCUACCCAGGACCCGAGGACAGCAGCAAGGUGCCCCCGGUGCUGGUGUACUCCCUGGUCACCGCCAUCCCAACCGUUACGAUCCUGUUGGGUGAGCUGACGUACUUCUUCCGGAAGCCAGAGGCUGCCCAGGAGAAGACCAUCGUGACGGCCGACUGCUGCUUCUUUAACCCCCUGCUGCGUCGCACCGUGCGCUUCCUCGGGGUGUACUCUUUCGGCCUCUUCGCCACCACCAUUUUCGCCAACGCCGGCCAGGUGGUGACAGGGAACCCCACGCCUCACUUCCUGUCUGCCUGCCGGCCCAACUACACAGCCCUGGGCUGCCAGUCGCCCAUGCAGUACAUCACGGAGCGCCGCGCCUGCACGGGGAACCCCUUCAUCGUGGCGUCCGCCCGCAAGUCCUUCCCCUCCAAGGACGCGGCCCUGAGCCUCUAUUCCGCCGUCUACACCGUGAUGUACGUGACCUUGAUGUUCCAGACAAAGGGUACCAGGCUGACCAAGCCCACCGUGUGCCUGGCGGUGAUGUCAAUGGGCGUGCUGGUGGGCGUGGUGCGCGUGGCCGAAUACCGGAACCACUGGUCGGAUGUGCUGGCCGGGUACCUAACAGGGGGCGCCAUCGCUGCCUUUCUGGUGACGUGCGUGAUCAACAACUUCCAGCAGCCACGGCCCCUCCCGGCCCCGGUGCCCCCGCCACGCCCGGAGCCCACGGUGGGCAUCCCAAUGGUAGCUCUGCCCUGCGUGGAGAGUCCACUCGAAAAGUUAAGUGGCCAUCAGACUUCAAGAGCUCCGUUCACCGAGAUCACAUGACCAUCAGCACUAUCCCUUCCCCUCCACCCCCGAUGUCCUCAUACCCUCUCGCUCCAUCUCCAGCGAAGUCUAGGCCCCCCCGACCAGCCCCGCCUCUGUGCUGCCCACCCUGACAAGCACCUGCCCCUCCGCCGUUCCCACUCCACCCAGGUAUAAGUUUGGCCCCGCCCUCUCCUACGCACCAGUUCCUCCGCUAACACAGCGGUGAGCUCUCUGGCAAUCUUCUCCUUCCCAGGACUAAAAAUCCGCCCCCCUGCAGCAUCAAAGUCAUUGUUAUUAUUUUAAUAUCCACUAUGUCUGUCAUGUGCCGACAUCUACAUUUCAGUAACGAUGACGAAAGUCAAUAUGCUUCCACGUUUAUUUGACCGUUUUUAUAUUCUUUUAUAUUCCAUUUUCAUGUCAAAGUGCUAAACUCCUGAUUCAGUGGCCUGGAUUUAUUUUUUUGUUCUAACUUACGUCUAUUACAGCACCUCCUACAUCCAAAUACUAAAUUCUAAGGGUUUGUUUUUCACUGUUACAAACCUUUAAAAAAAGACAGGAAAGAGGAGAUGUGGCAUUCCGAGUGUUUCUAUCAUCAUUUUAAAGCGAAUUCCAAAUCCCAUCCUGCCCAAACUACUACUAAGAAUGUCUAGUAUGAGAUGGUCAUUCUCUGGCUAUGGAGAGACUGCAUUGAAAGAUCUUUUGGCCUCGACACGAAAGGGACUGCUGAACUCCUCCAGCGAACUACAAAGGGUGUCAUUCACAAUGGACUGGGCAAACCAACAUGCAAGCAGCGUCUGUCUCGUUACUCCACCCAGUGGCCAGUUUCUGCCACUGCAUGCAUAACCCUGCAAACGCUGUGAAUCUCCAAAGGUCAGUCCCAAAAUCAGCUGACCUCGACUGCCCACCUCAGACAGUUUCAUGGAUUCCAGCCAGCGGGGACAUGCUCGCGCCCUCGGCCCAGAAGAACAUGGGGCACAGUUCAGGAAAACAAAGUUUCACUUCGUUUAAUAUGAAGAAAGACAUUUUAAUUCCACUUUUCAAUCAGUGCGUUUUGUUCGGAGCUCCAGCUUGAAUCACAUUAAAUGUUCUCGCUCCUUGAUCGCUGGAUUUCAGAUGACCCACUUCUGAGGAAAAUCCUUCAGUGACGGUACAGAAAUAAAAAGGACAUCUGGCACCUGAUUGGAUUAAACCAAAAAAGAGAGAAAUCACAUGGGUGUAAUUCAUCAACGCAGCAGCAUUACAAUGAUCAGACUUUGUCCAUUUGCUGUUAAUUCAGAGCCACACUGCCACUCAUGGCUGCCACUACAUAUGAAUAAUGAUCCAAUAUCAUCAAUAUUUCUUUUAAUCAAUUGAAUUGCAAGAAAUCCUAGUGGAGUAUUGCAAAAAAAAUCCAAUUUUGUGGUUGGUACUACCAAUAUAAGUCUGGUUUUAUACUUCAGGGAUAGUCUGUUAGAAUAUUCCGUCCAGCGAUUGGGGUAUCUAUGGUGAACCGCGAAAUCACUGAUUACGGUUUUCUAAUACCACAUACAGGUUGUCUGUAGCUGAAAUCAGGUUUCAUAAUCACUGUCCAGGGGACCUACUCUGUAUUCUGAAGUCUGCCCUGGGCUUCUAAGCGGUCAAAUAAUCGAAAGGUCAAUUCAUGCUUGGCUUUAAACACAUGGGUCAAGUUCAAGGGUGUUUUUGUCCGUAUUGCCACCGCUGUGCUUGUGGUAAUGACAGACCGGCUGCUUCCAGCCUCGAACUGUUUGUGACAUUUAGACCGGUGUUCCGUAAUGGCCUGAUCAGGGCCUGUGAGGCCAAACUUGGGCGCUCAGGACUGGCAUGGACUGACCAAGGCCUUAGGAAUAGCCAUGCUAUCACGACGGGCUUGGUGUUUAACACCCCAGCUUCUAAACAGCUUUUCCGACAUUUGCUUCUACGUUUCCCUUAUAUCCUAAUUAUAGAAGCCGGUGUUCGACUUGAUAAUCGCGCCUAUGGAAAGUGAGAGGCGUGUUUAACAGGAGAUGGAAAUGUGAAAAAGAGCCGUUUCCCAGACUCAUCGCAUCCUCUCAUUGUACCAUCCACGGCCAAUGCCGAUACCAAAUAGCCUUUGCCGAUGUAGCGUGCACUGAACGAGACGGCGUUUUCGUGACGUAGUUUACCGCCAGCUUGCUAUGUAGCCGUGACCGAUCGGGAACCUGAAUUAGUAGAUACGUUCUUUUGCUGGUGUAUGGGCACGCGGGAUGCAUAACGUGGUAUAUAUUGCAGACUUUCUCAAAACGGGGGUGGACUGCAACCCUUGGUGAGAAUAAUAUAAAAUUGCAAGUACACAACACUUUUCAAUUAUUAUUGAACAGUUAUUUCAAAGGGUAGCUGCAACACUGACAGCUGCUUGUUAGAUCAUGUAAUAAGGUCCCCGCUGGGGUAUUUUUUUUAAAGCAACGGUGAUCGAAAAAAGGUAAGAAUUUUGUGGCUUGACACCGAAAAAGCAGAGUGAGAGAGCGCUACAUGUUUACACGCUGAUUAAUCGUUAGCUCUCUUAGAAAGCACUUUACCCGAGGACUAUUACAUCAUCACUGCGAUAGAGAUGUCUUUAUUUGCAGGAUUUUGUCUGUAUUUCGUCCAGUGUUGUUGGGGAAAAAAGGACUGGUUUUGUGCUUAUGAUUGUUCAUAUGCAUAGAAAUUGUUGAUGUUUUAUAUUUGUCUGGUAACUUUUCACUGGACUAGGUCUGAGUCUGAAGGUCUCUAUUUUAUUAAUGUGACUCAUUGUGAUGGUUUUCCCAUAGUUCGCUUUGUCAGAAUAUCUAUAUGUAAAUGAGUCUGGUAAGUGUGGGCUCAGCCUUAGAGGGUCCGGAGAGUUUAAGUGAAACCAUUUUACUCAUUGGACUCUAGGGCACCGAGGACUGCGGCCUGUCGUGAAUAUUGUUUCAUCACAGCGUGUGGUGGUGUGAUUGAAAAUAUUCAAACAAUCGGGCUUGAUGUUUUGGAAUUUUAAAACUGGUAUCUAAUAAGAUGUGAGACAGGUAACCAUUAAACCCGCAGGACAGACGCCCUGAGAUAUGAAGUUGGUCGGAUGGGACUAUUAAGAUGGGAUGGGUCUAUCAGAGUAAAAAGUGUGAUCACUGGUGACCUCCUCCUCCUAGAGGCCAGAAGAGCAAUGGCCACGACCCAGGAAGCACUUCGCACUGAUUCGCUCCCCAGAAACCCGAUGCAGAGAAACACCGGCUCCCUAGUUUAUUAACGGCGGGGGGCAACUCCUUCUCUCACUGAAAUCUCACCGUUCAUGGGUCCGUGAAGCUCAAAGGAUCUUCUGAUCCUCCUCAGGAAUAAAGAAAUACAAAAGGGAAUCCAAGUUCUGACAUUAUUUAUUAGAUCACGUUUGAUGUGCGAAGAGUGAAAUAAAAAUGAACUAUGAAUGGGUAUUUUGAAGGAAAAGAAUACAUAAAGAAACAGAACAUGAAAUUUUAUGAAUUAAGCAUUUUCAUUACUAUAGAAAUCUUUUAUAAGGUAUUUAUUCUGUGUGGUUGGAGCCGGAGAUGCUCUUUAUCUCGUAUUUUUUGUUACAAAUACAGAAGAGAGUAUUUAUACAUAUUAAUAUUUAAAAAACCAUGCAGAGACAAUCUUUCAGCCAGCUGGGGAGGUAGAGAAAUUAAUAGACAUUAAUGUAACUGAGGGUAACGGUAUACAGGCGUAGAAAGCACACAAGAUGAAAAUACAGUCUAAUGUAUUACUGUGUUCUACGGUGUGAUUAAAACUCAAUCAAGUGGGCUAUCCACAUCCCAUUUUCUGAAUCCAUAUGCACUGUCUGUUUCUGGUGUACCUUUUUGGGACGUUUUGUUGUUUUUACGUUUAGUUAACGAUCGUAUCUCAUUUAUACAGCCGAGUCUUUUACUGGAGUCAUUCAGAUUAAGUACCUCGUUCAAGCGUACAACAGCCAUUACCUUUCAGGUUAUGAGUCCGCGACGAUACCUGCUGCCCCCUGGUGGCGAAGUGUUGCGGUCCUUGUAACUUUUUACGGGCAGACUACAGCUGCUCCCUCCACUGGGCUCGGCUGUUAUAUCCCCGCUUUUAAGUUUUUAGUUUAAUCGGAGUUUUUCCACACAGCCUAUCUUUCUGUAAAAAAGUGCUAUUUUGUAUAUGAAAACCUGUUCACCGUACAUGUAUUUGUACUAUUUCGCUGGAGUGUUAUCUAUGGUGACAUUGCGUUGUUUCUUGUAUAACUUCGGGGGACUUCUAAGUCGUUAUUACAGGCCAGCAACAAAUGAAGGCUUUUCUCCAAUCUUUACGCCUCAGUGUGGCUCCAGCAAGGCUGCUCACAGACUCCAGGCGACUGACUGGAAUCCAGCGCACCAAUAUAACUGACUGGCUCUGCGUAGGUCUCUCCCGUGUAGGCAGCUAAGCUCCGCACCGAGCCAGGUGUGAGGGAUGUGUUGUUACAGGCAGGAUGUUGUGAAACCAGGUAAGAUGAAGGGCGAUGGCACGGUGGCCGGUGCGGAGAACAUCCUUAUUUUACCAACAACGCCAGAUUUCGAAUUCGUCGCCUCUGAGCCACUUUGCUUGGGCGUUCUUCCCCAAAACUGUGGAGCGGGGAGUGAGGCGACUGUUCAGCCAUUGACAACUGAGUCAUUUCAUCACGUAUUUUUAUUCAUUUCCACCUAAUUUAUGUACAGGAGCUUUGGAUAGUUCAUUUUUCAAACAAACACGGUAAAACAUGUUAUUCCUAAAUACAUUGUGUACAGAUUCAUGGCCAGUGCUUAAGUGUUUACAGCAGCAAUUGUUUCGUGUGUUUGACGGGUAUUCGAUACCGUAGGUUACUCGGUUAGGAUACUCGGGUCUGUUUGAAUGAGUGAGUUUGAAUAUCGACCGUUUUUUAUUUUCAAAUUAGUGAUAAUUGCACUCCCAUAUUUACCUUUUUCUUGUUAGAUUAAGUGGGCUAAACUUAUUUUCUUUCGCUUGUCUGGAUCCGCAGCCCUGCAGAUUCGGUUUUACCGGCAGUUCCUUAAAUGCUCAGCGCGAACGGCGUUGAGUCAUCUUUGCCGUUGUCUGCACCAACUGGGGUAGUGGUGUAGACCGCAGUACACUUUUAAGGUGUCAUUGCCAGAUUUACACCAUAUCGAUAUCUUCAUCAACAUGAUUCCUUUUUAAUGAGACGUCAUGGAAGUGUGAUUCUUUAUGUCUACAUUGAGAAACAGCUCCGACUGAGGUCAGCCCACUUCAUGCUAAAUAUGAGUAAAGCCACGUCCUUUCCGUGACGUCAACUGUGACUCGGAGGAAAGAAAAGCCAGCUGCCCCGCUGUUAAUUUACGUUAGGUUAUCGUUUCCCAUCAUUGCCGUAUGACUGAGUUGGUGUCUUUGGAAUCCUUGGUAAAGGUGUAAUUAAAAACACAUUGAAGCAGGGGUUUUUGUUGUUCUUUUUUGACCUGAACUUUUUUAAUGGCACAAAGAAUCCACAUGUAUAACGGGGUGC